UGGCUCGUUUUGCGGCAGGUCGCUCUCUGAAGUUCAGAUUCAGAUUCAGAAGCCAGCAUAACAACAACAACAACACAUGAGUUUGACAUUUAGCAGUCAGUAAUGAUUAAAGUUAUGAUUGUAGACGAUCGCAACACACGAUCUUAGCAGAAAAAAUGGCUAGUACCAUGGUGGCCGUGGGCCUUACCCUGGCAGCAGCAGGGUUUGCAGGUCGCUAUGCAAUGCAAGCUAUGAAACAUAUGGAGCCACAAGUGAAACUAGCUCUGGAGGCAUCCAAAUCGGCUUUUGGUAGCGGAUACUACAGAGGUGGUUUUGAACCAAAGAUGACCAGGAGAGAAGCUUCCCUCAUUCUUGGUAUCAGUCCUACCGCUAACAAAAACAAGAUCAGAGAGGCACACAGAAAACUGAUGAUUUUAAACCAUCCUGACCGAGGCGGAUCCCCAUAUCUGGCAGCAAAAAUCAACGAGGCUAAAGAUUUACUUGACGGACAGUUGAAGAAAUAGAUUGAGCCCUGUCUGAUGCACUUGAAUUCUUAUGUGAUCAUUAAACACCAUCUUGUCAUCUAGAUCUGAUCUCCUUUUGUAUGCAAAUGAAUCAGUUUACACCACCGCUAAAUGUGCCCCAUGUUAGAUUCAGUACCUUUUAUAACAGUGUGAACAGCAAAAAUCACAUUUAAUCUGAAUUCAGUUCAGUUUUUUCCCCUUUUCUGUCAAAUUUGCCUGUGAAAAUUCCCCAAAUAAUGUUAAAAGUGACCGCACCCACACAGGAAUGCUGAAAUAUUCAGGAGACUUGUUAUGACAGAAAAGACCAAAACAACAGAUGCACCAACUUUGAAAGGCUGGCUGGAAGAUCAAAUGUUUAUUUAUGAACUACCUGCAUACAAAACAUAUUGCACAUCAAACAACCAGAAUGAUCUUU